UUUGUUGUUAAGUUCUUUUGUGCAACCGUUAAGGGAAAUUUAAGGGAUUCAUUAACUAUAAGACCAAGAUAAUGGGAAAAUCUAAGUACUUGACUGAAGGAAACCUUAAGGAGAAGACUUAAGGGUGUUUUGCGCAACCGACUUUAUAUCAAGGAAACCUUAACUCGGAAUUUAAGGAAAUCAUAACUUCAAGUAUUUUGUGCAACCGUGCCUAGUAUCUUACUAUCUAUCCAUCCAUUUUCCAAACCGCUUAUCCUACUGGGUCGCGGGAGUAUCUUACUAGCUUCAAAGUAAACCGGCUUCACCCUGCGGCGGAUGUGACGCCAUUUCUGGUAUCAUAGUGGACUUCCUGUCUCCAGUGGAUCUGUAGCCAGACGCCAUUGUAUCUAAUAACAGUGGAUCUGCAGCCAGGCCUUUUUCACGUCUACGAACAAGUUGUCGUGCAUCGUGUGCAAGAAGACUUCUCUGUCCAUGGCCAGCAGCAGCCAGGGGGCCGAGGCCACUGAGAGCCCGCAGGACAGCCGGUACCCAAGUUUCCAGCGCUGCAUCCAGUCUCUGGUGCACGCCUGCCAGUGCCACAAUGCCAGCUGCACGGUGCACGCCUGCCAGAAGAUGAGGCGCAUGGUGCAGCAUUCCAAGGGCUGUAAGCACAAGACCGACGGCGGCUGCCCCAAUUGCAAGCAGCUGAUUGCGCUCUGCUGCUACCACGCCAAGCACUGCCAAGAUAACACGUGCCCCGUGCCCUACUGCCUCAAAGUCAGGCGAAAGAGCAUGCGUCAGAGCACGGCCACCCUGUCCCCGCAACAGCAGCAGGAGGCCCCUCCCCAGCAGCGGCUCCCCCCCCAGGGGCCCCAAAUAGCUAUGCCCAUGGAGAGGCCCCUGAUGCCCCAGCAGCCACCCUGCCUGCCUGGGACUGCUCCGCCACCGCAGAGCCCCUCGCAGGAGGGGGGCCCCAUCGCUGGCGCCACUCUACAAGACCUCCUGCAUGCGCUUAAUUCCCCCAGCCCACUGCAACAGCAACAGGAAGUCCUCCGCAUCCUCAGGUCCAACCCGCAGCUCAUGGCCGCCUUCAUAAAGCAGCGGGAAGCCAAGUACCAGGCCAGCCAGCAGGCAUAGCAGCAGCGGUUGCAGCAGCGGUUGCAGCAGCGGUUGCAGCAGAUGAUGAUGCACCGGCGCAUGGCCACCAUGCACAGCCGAAGAUGAAACUUAAAAUGGAGAUAAUACUUUAUAAAAUCGUUCAAGUUACUACACAAAAUGCUUAAAUAGCUAAUUUCUUACUUGCAUACCAUAUUGUUAAAUAGGCAACAGGCAGAAACUCCUGGGCUGAGUCUAUUUCUAUUGGGGAUGUGAAGACGAAUAGUAUCUUUUGGUUAAACGUAGGGCUUGUUGUGCUUAAUGAUAUUACUCUGAAUCAUUUGCUAGAAGUUUGCAAUUUUACGCUCCUUGUCUUUUAGUGAAGGUUGGGAAGGGGGUGGUUAAUAGUAAUGCAGUUAAUAGUAAUGCUGUCUGAGAAGCGUCUCCUCCAAACUGCCCACCCGACGGGUCCGGACCAGUUACCUAAUGCCAGCGCUGGCCAGUGCGGUAAUGGUAAAGUAAUGGUGUGUCAUUAACAAUUUAUACACGAUUAAAAUAGGGGGAAACACCGACAGAGAUUCUUCUUGAGUUUGUUCCUAUGGUUGUAUACUCUGAUAAAACAUAAUUAUAUAUUUACAUGCUUUGUAAGUGUUGAGUGUGCGUAGCAAUUAUCAGUUUGUUUAGGUUUAGCAAGGUAUUGGAAUUAUUCAGUUUUAAUAGAUUAUUAAUGAACUGACCAAGGUAAAAACAUGUUUUCAGGCAACAGUUUCGAAGGUCUUUAAUAAAAACCAUUUCCCUCA